AUGGCCUCAGCAUUAUCAUCAAAUAUCCGGCGUUCUGCCAUCACGCUCUCAUCCGCUACAGCCAGGAUUUCGGCUCACAAUGCGGCACCGGCCACAGCUUUCCAGCGGUUAUACAUCUCCGCAUCAACAAGAGGACUGUCCACCACCACGAAGACGCGAGUUUCACUCAAUCCCUUGGCGACAUCAUGCAACCUUUCCAGAAAGAUCUUGCUGAAGGGCAAGAACACGCAGGUUCAGACGCGAUCAAACAGCGAUGAUACCAGUGCAGACAGCCUCCGGUACUGGGGAUUUGAAGAGAUAAACGCCUCCCUCCCCGCCUCCGCAGACAGCCCAACCCACAAACCCAAAAUCCACCUAAUCGAUGUCCGCGAACCAGCCGAACUAACAGGAACGGGCAUAAUCCCCUCGGCAGUGUCUAUCCCGCUCGCCUCGCAACCGGACGCGAUGUACCUAACGCCCGACGAGUUUGAGACUCGGUUCGGGUUUGCGAAGCCUGUUGCUGAAGAGGGCGAGACGAUGGUUUUCUAUUGUAAAGCUGGUGUGCGUGCUAAGGCUGCGGCGCAAAUGGCUGUGCAGGCUGGGUAUGAUCCUAAGUCUGUUGGGGUUUAUUGGGGGUCUUGGCUGGAUUGGGAAAGGAAUGGAGGGAAGGUUGAGAAGUGGGACGGGGGGGAUUAUUGA